AAUGCACUGCACGGCACAUCUACUAGAAAAGACGCAAGCUCAGGAAGCGAUCGAUAAAAUUGCAUCCGGUCUGUGUGGGAUCAACACCGGUGGGCGCCGAUUCGUAGCUAUCUGAUGACGUCACCCGCCUCUGACAUGCGUCUGCACGAGGGGCUGGCUGGCUAUGCGGCUAUCACCCUACUGUGCCGCUGAAAAGUAGUUCGGAGCAAGCUGUGCAGCAGGCGGGUAAGAUUUAAUACGGUCAGGGUCGUUUGCACGCCUGAGAAGCGCGCGCGGAUUGGAUACCACGUUGUUGCACAGCUCCCUGGGGUCGCUGACUGCCGUUGGAAAGCGCGCCAAAAUAUCUUGAUCGUCUGCUAGCUCGACAGAAUGCGCGAAAUCGUACACAUUCAAGCCGGGCAGUGCGGAAACCAGAUCGGCGCGAAGUUCUGGGAAGUUAUAUCAGACGAACAUGGCAUCGACCCAACAGGAAGUUACCAUGGUGACUCAGAUCUUCAGAUUGAGAGGAUUAACGUUUACUUCAACGAGGCUUCAGGGGGCAAGUACGUUCCACGUGCUAUCUUGGUUGAUCUGGAACCAGGCACGAUGGAUUCUGUACGCUCAGGGCCUUUUGGCCAGAUCUUCCGGCCAGACAAUUUUGUUUUCGGACAAAGUGGCGCAGGAAACAACUGGGCCAAAGGUCACUACACAGAAGGAGCAGAACUGGUUGACUCUGUACUGGACGUGAUCAGGAAGGAGGCAGAAGGCUGCGAUUGCCUGCAGGGAUUCCAGUUGACCCACUCUCUGGGAGGAGGCACUGGUUCUGGCAUGGGCACCCUCCUUAUAUCGAAAAUUAGGGAAGAGUACCCUGACAGAAUCAUGACAACAUUUUCAGUUGUGCCCUCGCCAAAGGUUUCAGACACCGUAGUUGAGCCCUACAACGCCACACUCUCAGUACAUCAGUUGGUAGAGAACACAGACGAGACGUUCUGCAUUGACAACGAAGCUCUUUAUGACAUCUGCUUCCGCACACUCAAGUUGACCACACCCACAUACGGCGACCUAAACCAUCUAGUAUCGGCCACGAUGUCAGGAGUCACUACCUGCCUGCGAUUUCCAGGCCAACUAAACGCUGAUUUGCGAAAGCUUGCUGUCAACAUGGUGCCCUUCCCACGUCUCCACUUCUUCAUCACCGGCUUUGCUCCACUUACCAGCCGUGGAAGUCAGCAGUAUAGAGCCUUGUCCGUGCCCGAACUCACCCAGCAGAUGUUCGAUGCUAAGAACAUGAUGGCGGCCUGUGAUCCUCGUCACGGUCGCUACCUCACAGUUGCGGCAGUCUUCAGGGGCAGAAUGUCGAUGAAGGAGGUCGACGAGCAAAUCCUCAAUGUGCAGAACAAGAACAGCAGCUACUUCGUCGAGUGGAUUCCAAACAACGUGAAGACCGCCGUCUGCGACAUUCCGCCACGCGGUCUGAAGAUGUCGGCCACCUUCAUCGGUAACUCCACCGCCAUCCAGGAGUUGUUCAAGCGCAUCUCAGAGCAGUUCACUGCUAUGUUCCGACGCAAGGCUUUCCUCCACUGGUACACCGGCGAGGGCAUGGAUGAGAUGGAGUUCACCGAGGCAGAGUCUAACAUGAACGACCUCGUGUCCGAGUACCAGCAAUACCAGGACGCGACGGCUGAGGAGGAGGGUGAGUUUGAUGAAGAGCUGGCAGAAGGAGUGGAAACUGAAAACUGAUUGGCCAAUAACAUUCACGAAUAUCUUCAGCAUUCACCACUAUCUGAAUGUCUGUCACGGCAUCACGGGUACUUGUAAUGUACCAACAUAAGGUGUUGCCAUUGCAUGCUCGAGGUAAGGACGGGGGUAAGGAGAAGUAGACGCAGACUGUGAUUAGAAUUCGAAAUCGAAUCUGUGUCGUUUUGUGAAAAAUUAUAUAUUUAUAGACACUAGGUUAUUCUAUUAUAAAUAUCUGGUUGAAUAUUUUAGCGGUUACCUACUUUGUCAAACGAUUGGGCAUGCAAUUACAACAUUAGCAUGGGAUGUGCUUAUACUCAAUUCAACUUUAGUCAACUCUAGUCAAUAGAGUGAAUAGACACUGCAAGAAUGCAGAUUAUUAUCACGUGGCAACCAGCUGACUUUUGGAGGAUUCUUCUUAGUAAUGGAACCCAGGAGAGAGAAAGUCAUUUACGUUGGGUAGGAUCGCCCUCGUUGUGAAUCAGUUGAUUCGGUGACAGCGUAGCGAUAACAAUCGCAUUCGUGUUGACAGUGUAGCGAUUUAAAUUGCAUUUAUUACAUUGCAGUGGUGCAAGUUGUAUUUAUUAUAUUGUAGCAAUGCAGGUUUCGCUGGAGUGACUACAUUGGCACAAUGUAAACUUAUAUACAAUCGAGCCAUCGCGUAACGUUAUCGAAAUAUUGCAUAGUAUAUGUUUUACACAGUCACUGCCUAUUGUUUCACGCUGUGUUAGUAGAAACACUGGAAAACACUUGGGAGAAUACAUUCCAUUAAAUAUUUAUUGGGUGAGCAAUCUUAAUGAGAUCGCCUGUCGGCAAUUAGCUGAUUAAUAUUGGGCAAAUCUAAAACGUUAAUUAGUGAGUGAUUGGUUCGUAGCGGUAUUACUUAGACUAUUAGCCACUGCCACUAGUGUUGAUUCCAACUUCAACCCCCUCUCCCAACGAAAAUCUAUAAGCAAAUUCAUUAUAUUGACGUUACAUGGGUAUAUAGGUUUUAGGCCUAUGGUGUAAAUAUAUAGUGUGUGCGGUACGCAGUGGUAGAUGUAUACUGGAUAUACCUAGCCACGCAAACAGAAAUCUAGAUACGAUAAUGUAACCCAACACAACACACAACCUACUCUUGUGGCGGGUUACAUUAUCGUAUCUAGCAGAAAUCGAGUUGCAUGGACCUGUGAUAACUAGGAACUGUGAGGAGUAAGCUGAACCGCCGAUGCCUAUGCGUUGCUAUUUCAUGCGUGCCAUACAAGUUUAACCAUGUCAUCAAGAUAGAUAUACCACUAUGAAUCUCAAGACGGACACUGUACUGCAGCUACUGCUGCUGUUUUUUUCAACAGAAUGUUUUGUUUGACUUCCGCUCAUAUAAUACCAUCUCAAAGUCAAUCGGCAUACUAGAGCAUACGCCACUACGUACGCCUACGGAGAAACAUUACUUAUGAAAUAUGUGUCGUUUCUACUAGUUAGACCGUCGACUUUUCCUGGUUUGUGUCUUUUUUGAGAUGUACAUGUGUGCUUUUUGCACAAGACAACGUUUACGAAUAAAAUCGUCGUCUUUAAACAAA